UUAGGCAGAGAGUUGGCUUUUGUCACGCAGUCUGUUUAUCACACCUCGCCUUCUCUACCACUUUUCAUACGUUGCACGUGCUUCUCAUUAUCCGUUUUUUCAACUUAUUUUCUUCGUUUUACACGAGACACAUACUUACAGUGUUAUUUUUUAUUUUCAUUGUUAUUAAGAUAUUAGGAUUAAAAUAGUAGGGGUUUUUUCGGGUAUUUGAUUAGAAUUUAUUGUACGCGCGUGUAUCAUGAAAUUUCGCGGUUGAUUUUCCUGUGAUUUUCCGUGUCAUAAUUUUCUCGCGAGUGUAUUCUCUUGUUAAUAAUUGUAAAUGCCUGGUGCACGUAGAACGCAGAGGCGCAUCCCUCAAACAGCGAAAAUUAAAGACGGGAGAGUGUACCAAAAAAGUGGGGAAUCUCGUGACAAAACGACAAUUUACCUUCGUUGCAAAAACAAAACGACUUGCAAUGGCACUGCGAAAAUGGUAAAUGGCGAAAUUGUGAAUCUGAAUUCACAUUCACAAUUUUGUAUGCCAAAUGAAAAUGCUGAGCCUAUCGCGCGGUUCAGAGAGGCUUUGGCAGAUGCGCUGUCUCGACAUUGGUAUGGCCUAAAGGCUCUUUACGAUUCCAUGGCUACUGUUCAUCCUGAUGCUGCGGAGAAAAUGUCCUAUCUGGAGAUCCGAAGUUUCAUGAAGAAGUGCAGGAGGAGACGUUAUCCGCAGCAACCUCAUACGAUAGAGGUAUUCGUGCAGCAACUAACCGCUCCAGAAUACACCAGGAAUUUGGAAUACGAAACGGGUCAUUUGACGGUUGUUCUAAUAACUGAUGAAAAUAACGGAAAGCACGUAAUUUUUUACGAUGCGAAGUUCGUGCAAGAAGAGAUGACCGAAGUGACACGGUUAUUUAUUGAUGCAACAUUUAAAUCGAGGCCUCGGCUCCAAGGAGUCUAUCAAGUACUUACGAUUCUGGGAGUCAAAUUAAACCACGGAUUUCCUUUCAUCUGGGCAGUGAUGUCUUCAAAAACGCAAGUGGCCUAUGAAGCCAUUUUGCGCUACGCGCGGGAGCAAAUUAUUCCUUCCAAUGCAGUAAAAUUGGUGAUGAGUGACUUCGAAAGAGAUUUGCGGAAUGCAGUAUCAAGCACAUUUACCUCUGCUCUUAGCACGGGCUGCAAUACGCAUUAUGAUCGAGCAAUUUAUCAGAAAGCAAAAUCACUCGGUUUGCGAACUUUACUUCGAGAUAAUAUCGAAGCAAAAGUGUGGUUUAAAAAAACAUUGGCGCUGGCGUACUUGCCGAAAAAUUUGAUCGAGGACCAGUAUAACUCGAUUAAAAACGAUUUGUCCCCACCGGUACGAACAAGAUGUGUGAAUUUCUUGCGUUAUUACGAGCGUUAUUGGCUACGUACAGUUACGCCGGCAGGCUAUAGUGUGUACGGACUCGGCCAGCGGACAAAUAACAUCAUUGAGUCGUACAAUCAUCGACUGGGGGGUCGAAUGGAAAAUCGCCCUCAUCCCUGGGAUUUCAUCAGCAAGCUCCUGAGAUUGCAGUCCGAUGUGCAGACCGACCUUCGCCGCUUGAAAAAUAACUAUCAGACAUCUCGCCACGCACGCUACACGACGGUGUUCAAGCAGAAAUAUAUUUUUCAAGCGUGGCGGGAACUGCAUUUCCGAGAGAUUACCCCAAGUGAAUUUCUCACAAGAGCGGCAGCACUCAAAGACAACAUCGAUGAGUUUAUAGCACAGCAAACUGAAGCACGUGAAGGCGAAGAGUUCGAGCUGCAAGAACCCCCGGUAGCUGUGCCAUUAGAGCAAGAUCCGGACUACAAUCGUGUGAUCUUCGACGGGAACAGACCUGAGUGGCUUUUUGAUGAUGUGGAAGUACCGCGAGCAGCUCCAGAAAACGAUGUUUAUGAGAAUGAUUCGGAUGACGGGUCAUCCAGUGAAGAUGAGCCCAAAAUUCAAGUCGACAUUGAUUCGAUCGAGGUCGAGACUGGGAAUAAUGUGUCGAUGGACGAAGAAAAGAGAGCGCCAUCGCCUGACAACGACGAGGGCAACCUACCCGAACCUAGGCCAACAGUUUCCAAUGAUGGGGAGCUAAUACCAUCGCUCGACAACGACGAACCAGUCAGAUCGCAAUGAGGUCGAGGAGGCUAAACAGCGGCCAAUGGAGGGUGCAGUGGGACCAAUCCGUCGGAAACAUAGAAGGAGGAGAAAAAAGAAAAAAAAGUGACAAUUCCUGUGCAAGAAAAUGUGGACGGCAAAAAUGUGGAGAGAUUAAUUUCUCAAAAAUUACAGAGAUGAGGCAAAAGGCCGAGGCAUGGGAACAGGAAAGUGCAACAACCGAAAACGAAAGACUUCGGACUCAAUUAGCAGCCACCCAAAACUAGCUGCAGAUAGUGGAAGAAACGGUGGAAACUGUUGAAGAAAGAGCCCUGUGCCGGAUAUAUUAUCUACAACAGGCCACCCAUAUUUAUUUGCCGUGUGGCCAUUUCAUCGGUUGCUCCUCAAGCGCUGAUAGGAUUUGGGCACAAAACAACCACAAAUGUCCCCUUUGCCGAACAAUUUGCACCGAAAUUCUACGAAGAGUAUACCAAGAGCUGUAAAAUUUAUUUUGUUGGAAAAUAAAUAUUUUAUUCAUUUA